GGAGGAAUUGGCCACCAGUUGGUGAGUGGCCAUCGGGUCCCGUGGAUUGGCCUCCCACUCGCCCAUCACUUGACCCCUCCUUCACUCUCGCCCUGACAACAACAGCUCAGCUGGAUUGGUAGGUAUAAACUGUGUACUCCGUACAGAGUAGGGUGACUAUUUAUACCUCUUUGACUUUCCCUCCCGGGUACCACAAUUCCUCCACACAUCACCACUUACUUCCUGUCUCAACAACAACAACAACAACACAAAGUUGGAACUAUACAUCCAUACAUCCAUACAACCAUACCAUAACACACUUCACGUCACCGCCAUGGACUCCAACGUCAUCGACCAAACUCCCCUCUCCGCAUCCCCCACUGAGCGUCGUGAUUCGCUCGAGAAACUUCUCCAACACCGCCCUGACAUUCAAGAUCUGAAAGAACGACACAUCCUCCUCGACACCAACGUCGCCCCAUCCCUCCAAGCCACCAGAGAGGAACUCGCCCGCCAGCGCAAGGCCGACGAUCUCAAGAAGCAUCUCGAGCACCGGCCCGAACGCGAGGAACUUGUUGAACGUAAUAUCCUUCCCUCCUCAAAUGCUGCACCCGCUCUGCAAGCCAACGCCCGUGAGCUCGAGAAACACAUGCUCGCCGACCAUCUGGAUCAGAAGAUCCAGACGCGGCCGGCUCCGGAUGAGCUGAUCUCUCAGGGUAUUCUCACGGAGGAUGAGGACCCGCGGUUUCCCACUGUUUAAUAGGCCCGAAUGUUUAGGUGGGGGUUCGCUUUGCUGGUGGAAUAUACUCUCAAUAACUGGAAUUAAAUGCUUGCCGGCGCGGUGCUUCUUUGUGGACUUUUCGGGAAGAAGGGGGUUAAUUGUACCUAUUACAGGCGAUUCUGAUUGUGAUAACUUUAGUUAUGAUUACGAGUAAUUCCAUUUUUCUUUCUUGCAAUCCUUUACU